AUGAAAAGAAACCAACGAAUUUUGCUGGUACUCUGUAUUAUUUAUGGAUUAUGGAAUAUUGGUACUCAGUGGACAACAACAUUACUUUCAUUUCUGCAAUGGGAUACUAUUUACGUGAUGACAAUUGUGGACAUUGGUUAUAUCCAAUCAUUUGGAAGUUUUUGUAAUGCUAUCGGUGCCCUUAUAGUCGGGCAGAUUGCUGACUCAACUGGACCAAAAACGAUGUUUCUGUUUUCAUCGGUCAUUAUAUCGAUCUACUACUCAGCACUAGCCUUUGCCAAGUGUUGGUAUUCAUUCUUUUUUCUGCAGUUGCUAAGAAUGGGUUAUCAACUGGAUGCAACUGCUGAAAUGUAUUUAGCAACUAUUACAACGGAACGUGAAAGAACAAGUGCUCUAAUGCGACUCACUGUACCACAGGCCUUGGCAAUGUUACUGGGUCCAAUGUUUGCAUCACAACUGGCGAUUAAGACCAGCCUUCGUGCAUCACAGUUCAUUUGUGGUAUUGCCUUAACUGUAACAUUAACUCCAUUUAUCUACUAUGUUCUACCACAAACACACAAUGUACCAAAGCUUGCUACUGCCCGACUACGUCCGCAGGAUUAUCUGCCAAUGAUAAAGCAUAACGUUGCUCUUCGAGAAGGUAUUUUUUUGCGAGGACUGCUUAUAGCUGCCUAUAUUUGCUACGAAUUAAUAUCCAGGAAUUUCCUUCUGCGUUCCUUUAUGCAGGGCCCAAAUGACUCGGCUAAAGUACUUACUGUAAUGGGAGCAUCAUUACUAGUGGUACAGUUCCUCCUACUACCCUACCUGCAACGACGUUUCUAUCCGCGAACAGUACUAAUUAUUUCACUGAUUGGUCUUUCCUGUGCUUAUUCACUAAUCAAUUUCACCACAGAUUUCAAUCAGCUACUUGUUGUCAUUGCCCUUCAGACAGCAUGCUACGCUAUUGCAUAUGCCGAAAGCUAUACGCAGAUCACGAGUGCAGUAGACAUUACCGAUCUGGGAAAAGCAACAGGACUAGCGUCGGCCGCUCAAUGGAUAACACAUUUCAUAGUUCCAAUUUAUACAUCACAUGUAGUACAGUCAUGGCACUACACCUAUGCAUUCUACACCAGUGCUCUGCUCUCUGUUGGAGCUCUCUGUUAUGUUAUUCUACUCGCCAAACAUUCAAAUGCCCGUGUACGCUCCCUAUUACCAUCGAUUAGUCUAGCAUAA